CAACCUCCCUUUAUAUCUCCUCACGUUUCUCGUAAGCGUAUUUCUCUCUCCCUUUGUACUAAACCCUACAACCAGAGAAAUAAAGGAGAUAUCUUUAAUUUGUAGCCACUUAAUUUAUUUGUCCUUUUCUAUUAUUAUUCAAAGGUCUUCAAUUUUUAUCAUCAUCAAACCGACUUCGUUAGUUCCAGUGGUUAUUGGAGACUGAAUUUUGAGAUGGCCGCUCCAACCUAUGCACCAGAAGACCCUACCCUCCCCAAACCAUGGAAAGGCCUAGUUGACGGUACAACUGGAUACAUUUACUUCUGGAAUCCAGAGACCAAUGAUACCCAAUAUGAGAGGCCUAUUCCCUCUUCCAAUGGAGUGUCUGCUCCACCACAUCAUAAGUUUGUGAGUUCAUCUGUUCAAAAGCCUCAGAAUGCGAGAAGCAGUUCUGAUCAUUCUCGUGAUGGAACAUCUAUUCAUGAAGGCUAUGGUUCUCUAGGUGUAGGAACUGACAUAUCUCAAGGAUCCUACUGCCGCCACAAUGAAAUCUCUGUUACGGGAGGUGAUGUUCCUGCACCUUUGACAUCAUUUGAAGCAACUGGAUUUCCUUCAGAGAUUGUGAGGGAGAUGCAUCAAGCUGGGUUUUCCGCUCCUACUCCAAUUCAGGCACAAUCAUGGCCUAUUGCCCUUCAGGGCCGUGACAUAGUAGCUAUUGCAAAGACUGGGUCUGGGAAAACUCUGGGUUACUUGAUACCUGGAUUUAUUCAUCUACAAAAUCGUCGCAGUAAUCCUCAAUUAGGCCCAACUAUUUUGAUACUGUCACCAACAAGAGAGUUAGCCACGCAGAUACAAGCUGAAGCUGUGAAGUUUGGGAAAUCCUCUAGGAUAUCUUGCACGUGCCUGUAUGGAGGUGCUCCAAAAGGUCCUCAACUACGAGAGCUGAGUAGGGGUGUAGAUAUUGUUGUAGCCACUCCUGGUCGUUUGAACGACAUUUUGGAAAUGAGAAGAGUUAGUCUUGGUCAAGUUUCUUACUUGGUGUUAGAUGAAGCAGAUCGUAUGCUGGACAUGGGAUUUGAACCUCAGAUAAGGAAGAUUGUGAAGGAGCUGCCUAAGCAGAGGCAGACAUUGAUGUAUACAGCUACAUGGCCCAAGGGGGUUCGUAAGAUUGCAGCAGAUCUAUUGGUUAAUUCAGUUCAGGUUAAUAUUGGUAAUGUUGACGAGCUUGUUGCAAACAAGUCUAUAACACAGCACAUUGAAGUCUUGAUGCCGAUGGAGAAACAGCGGCGAGUAGAACAAAUCUUGAGAUCCAAAGAACCUGGGUCAAAGAUCAUUAUUUUCUGUUCAACAAAGAAAAUGUGUGACCAACUAUCUCGCAAUCUUACUCGCAACUUUGGAGCAGCUGCAAUUCAUGGGGAUAAAUCUCAGAGUGAGAGGGAUUACGUAUUAAGCCAGUUUCGCACCGGCAGGUCUCCUGUGCUUGUGGCUACUGAUGUUGCUGCGCGGGGCUUGGACAUCAAAGAUAUCAGGGUGGUGAUAAAUUUUGACUUUCCAACUGGAAUAGAGGAUUAUGUCCACAGAAUUGGUAGAACAGGCCGGGCAGGGGCAUCUGGUCUGGCCUACACAUUUUUCUCCGACCAGGAUUCUAAGCAUGCUUUAGAUCUUGUUAAAGUUUUAGAAGGCGCAAAUCAAUCUGUGCCAACUGAACUGCGUGAUAUGGCUUCACGAGGUGGUGGUAUGGGAAGGUCUAGGUGGGGUUCUGGCCAAGGUGGACGUGGUGGACUCUUUAAUGGUAGCUAUGGGCAGAAUGGAGGAAGGGGAGGUUGGACUAAUCCAUCAGAAAGAGGUGGAGGACGUGGUUAUGACCGGGGAUCACGUGACAGUAACAGAUAUGGUGCCCUCGAUGCGGAUGCUUCACGGAAGCGUAGUCGUAGCAGAAGCCCCAAUAGGGGUUCAGGAUGGAGUGAUAAAAAGAGCCGGUUUACUUGAUUUGAUCAGGUUCUUCAGUAUAAUAACGAUUUGCUAAUGGAUCUCGUGCUUGCUUAGAAGAGGAGGAAGAAGGCACGAUUCGUUGGGAUAAAUUGUGUACUUUAAAGUGAACUAAAGGAGUAUUCUUUAUCAUAUCCAUGAAUUUUGUCCAUUUGGCUCUUAGUGCCGGUUGGCCAUAUUCUCUAUUUGGUGUUGUAGUUUUGAUUUUUGGGGAUUUAAUGGAAGAUAGGACCCAUCUGUUGUUGAACUAUCAAUAGGACUUCAUUUCUGGCAA